ACGUUUUUUUGUUUUCUAACUAAAUUUAAACCAAUUAGCUACAUUUUUUUCGGAAUCUGUUUACCAAUUAUUUCGCUCAGAAUGACGUUUUUUCAUUUUGCGAACUGCGUUGCGCUAGCCUACAUUCCUUACCUCAUCAUCUACAAAAGUUCUGGAUUAGCGGAGUACAGCGCUUUCUGGAAGUGUGUGCAGGCCAGUGCAGCCUACCUGGUGACCCAGUUAUGCAAGAUGAUGUUCCUAGCCACUUUCUUUCCUGCCACUGACCACGUGACUGGGCAUUUCGAUUUUGUCGGGGAAUUCUUAAAAGCCACAGUAGACAUAACAGAUUUGUUUGGCUUGUACUUAGUGAUGUCACAAAUUACAGGAAAAGGCCAGUUAAAAUUCAUGAUUGCUGGAGUUGGUUGGUCGUUUGCCGAACUCCUUACAACAGGGUUUUUCCCUCUCUGGAUUGGGGCAAGGGGCGUAGAAUUUGAUUGGAAGUACAUUCACAUGAGUUUCAUGGCUAACAUCAACAUGGUUCAGCACAUUGUGACAGCCAUGCUGGUCUGGUUGUAUACAAGAUCCGACCUGAACAAAGCACAACUGCCCGCAGUUUUUGGACUGCUAGGCCUCUCCUGCUUUAGGACUUUCAUCAUCGAAUUUUUAGCCCAAGUUUUUGGGGCAGGUUUGUGGUUGAUACUGGCGAAGAUAUUAAUGACAUUUUUAUCUGGCAUCAUAGCUCUGAAGAUCUAUGCGACUCUGCCAUCUGUCAAGAUGUGAAAAAACUGAAAACUUAUUUAUUUUUUUUUGUUCUAAAUUGUUU